CAGUCUUGAAGUCAGCAUGGACAUGAAUUUGUCAGCGCGUUGUGCUUUGGUUCUUUUUCUGUUGGCAUUUGUAGAUUUGAAAAUAGUCUCUGCUGCAGAAACGGAAGGCACAUCUACAGCAAAGCCUGGAGUGUGCCCUGUUAGACGAUGGGGCAUGGGGAUAUGUGCAGAGUUAUGUUCCAAUGACAGUGACUGCCCCAAUGACGAAAAAUGCUGCCACAAUGGAUGUGGGCAUAACUGCAUUGCACCUUACACAGCAAAGCCUGGAGUGUGCCCUCGUAGACCAUGGGGCGUAGGGACGUGUGCAGAGUUCUGUUCCAAUGACAGUGACUGCCCCAAUGAUGAAAAAUGCUGCUACAAUGGAUGUGGACAUAACUGCAUUGCUCCGUACACAGUGCCGAUCCCCCCGAAGGCAGGUCAGUGCCCACUGCUUCUGAAUGUCGUGCCGUCACACAAGGGAUGUGUCCGCGAUGAGGACUGUCCUAAAGAUGACAAAUGCUGCAUCUUUGACUCUGACACCUUGUGUGUCCCACCUGACUUCACAAAGCCUGGAGUGUGCCCUCGUAGACGAUGGGGCGAAGGGACGUGUGCAGAGUUAUGUUCCAAUGACAGUGACUGCCCCAAUGAUGAAAAAUGCUGCCACAAUGGAUGUGGGCAUGACUGUAUUGCACCGUACACAGUGCCGAUCCCCCCGAAGGCAGGUCAGUGCCCACUGCUUCUGAAUGUCGUGCCGUCACACAAAGGAUGUGUCCGCGAUGAGGACUGUCCUAAAGAUGACAAAUGCUGCAUCUUUGACUCUGACACCUUGUGUGUCCCACCUGACUUCACAAAGCCUGGAGUGUGCCCUCGUAGACGAUGGGGCGAAGGGACGUGUGCAGAGUUAUGUUCCAAUGACAGUGACUGCCCCAAUGAUGAAAAAUGCUGCCACAAUGGAUGUGGGCAUGACUGUAUUGCACCGUACACAGUGAAGCCCGGUCGCUGUGUCCUGCCCAACGGGACCUACAUGUGUGCCGAGUACUGUUACAAAGAUGGCCAGUGCCCCGAGGAACAGAUGUGUUUCCGGAUAUGUUGAUUCUAUGCCUGCAGUGAGCCAUUGAAGCUUUAUUGGAAAUUCUUAUUAGUUAUAAGAAAUAAGUAGAAAAUACAAAUCAUUACAUGUACAAUUAUGUCUAUGAAAACUGAUGAUUUUAUGCAAUAAUAAAUAUGAAAAAUGAUCAUAGCUUUUAUGGAAACUGGACCAUUUUCAUGGGCAGUAUGUGAAUUGACAAACG